AUGAUUUCGUGGAAGUCGCGCCUGUACGCCUUUUUGCUCAAACGUGUUUUGGGACCUCUUCUGGAUACACUUUCUCUGGAUAAAUUACAUCAGUCAAUCGAAGUGUCCCUCCAAGACGGAAGGCUUGUGUUGAAAGAUGUAGCCUUCAAUUUGGAUUACAUUGAAAAGAUUCUUGUGGAUAAGGUAAACUGCACUCUUCGAAUCAGAGAAGCUCGUAUCGCUCGCUUGCAAAUCGCGCUAUCACUGGAAGAGCACAUACAACCAGAUGAAAGCUACUCGGACCAUCACCAAACGCAACCAAGCACGUUUGUCUGGAGAAUCAUGGAGUUGACCUCAUCAACUUCACCAAAAGUAUCCCUGGUAGCUAAUUUGGAGCUGGAUGGGGUUGUAAUAGAGCUAGAGCCGCAACCGGCGGCCCCUUUUUCAGCAAGACCUCCCCUGAAGACGCCAAUUGCGUAUGAACUUCCUGAGGAUGACGCCGUACGUUUGAGCUCGACAGCAAGUUCCCAAAUCUCCACCAAGAGUACACUUUCUGUAUACAUGGAAUCGGUGUAUUCCUCGUUGCGUUUGAGUGUUCGGCUGAACGACUUAGAAAUAAGUUUGUGUAGUGGAAUGGAGUCGGGUCGGGAAAUUUGGCUGAGCUUGCAUUGCCAGUCUGUAUCGUAUUAUGACGCAGCGGCCUCGAACAGUGGUGAUGCGUCAGACUACACAAUGAUACUUCACAAAGUGUUAGAGUUCAGUGUUGUCAGUCUCACCGUCGGUGAAACGCCUUGUCAACCGAGCUCGGCAGAAAAUUCAAAUCAUCAAGCGGAGAGAGCCAUGUCAGCAACGAAAGUUGCACUUUUGGACGGCUCAAGUCAAGUUCGACUACGAGUUAUGGAGUAUCAAGUUGCCGAUGCGAAUCUCAAUACAGAAAUACAAAAAAAUUUACAACAAGACAUUCAAAUAAUGCUGAAGCAACGACUCAAUUUACUGGCAAACAAAGUCUGUCUGGUUCAUCUAAGCACUCUGGUUGACGUCCUGCGGAGCAAUUCGAACAAGACUUCUUCUAUAUCUCGUGAGUCUACCGCUACGGAAACUCGCAGUAUUGCCAGCGAUAGCGAAGCAGACUUGCAGACACUGGACGGUAUUAUGAAGCAGUAUAAGGAAGCGAGGUAUUUAGCAGAUCGUCGAGAGAUACGAGGGGGUAUGCUCCUCCCUGACAAGGAGGGAAACGACAUUACCUUUGACGCCUUUUUCGACGCGAAUGACAAAAGCUUCUAUCGAUAUUCAACUGUCUUGCAGCAAUCAACGAUUUAUGAUGGCAAGGUACCUGAAAAUGGAAAUAAUUGUGUACACACAAAGAUUCAUGUUAACCUGGAUGAAGCAGGACUAAAGAUCUCCUUCGGAACUCUAUCGUCAAGUCACGUGGUGUCUCGACCAGCUUUCUUCGAAGAGUAUAUCCUUGCUACUUUUGCCGAUAUCAAUGUCACUGCUUCCAUGUCUGCAUUAACUUCGGACAUUGGUGUCAGCUUGACGCACAUUGAAGUAGAUGAUUCACAAGCCGGCUUUGAUCCACUAUCUCAGAGUUCUCGCGUGGAAAUUGGAAGCGUUUUGCGUUGUUCCUCUGCAGAUUUUCAGGAUACCGAUCAGACAGAUAUACUUCUUGGUGCACCGUGCAUUUCACUGAGUAUGAAGAUUGACCGUUCAUCCACACUGCUUGAGGUUGCUGUUGAACCUUUGGAAAUCACUUAUCGGCACUCAACGGUUGCGCAUCUUGUAACUCUACUACAUAGCUUUUCCAGUGAAGAUGAAUUCUCGCAACAGCAAAAUGAACAAAAGAACCACAUCGAUGCAGUGCCGAAGAGCGAAAGCGAUCGAAGAUUUGGUCUUGAGGUUUCUUGUCCAGCGAUAACACUCAUCGUUCCAAUACUACAGAGAGUGAACUUGGAUGCGCUUUUCGUUCGAUGUGGGCAAAAAUGUACAAACAACAAGGAUGGUAAGCCGUCAUUAAGGGUAUUACUGGACAACGUAUCAAUCGAAGCCCGAUCAAAUUUAUUUGGAGACGCUACUCCCGACCUUUCUCUUCUCUGUCACCAUGCCAUAUUCUUUGCAUUAUCGACUGUCAAUGCCAACUCAUUUGAUGACGAAGUGCGACGAUUGGAUCUUGUUGCGCUCGCAGGGCGCACCGAGGUCCUCCCGUGUAUACCGAUCUCCAUUCGAAUUUAUCUGAAAGUAACUUCGUCAGUCUCUGAAAACGAGCCUUCUCUGGCUGAAUCGUUGUUCCCUCAAACACCUUCUCUUUCUUCGUUCAAAGCCCGACAAGAGGACGAGGACGAAGAGCAACAUAUUACACAAUUGCUUUCUUCGAACUUGAAAGGUGUUAAUUUCUUGAAUCGCAAAGAUCUACGAGGACGAGAUCCUCAAAUAGAAAUGAUCGAAAACGCCGUUGAAAGUAGCAGGAUUCUGGAGGUAUCUCUGCCCCAAAUUAUUGGCGACCUUACUAGCAGCGAGCUCUAUUUUGUGGUGAAAAUGCUGGAGUUUAUCCGACCAGCGAGAAAGGUCGAUACUGUGGACACUCUAUUGAAACAGUCUGAAUCAAACGGUGUUAUUGAUACUUCAAACUUGGCGAAUGAUAUCGCAACUCUGGCUCUAUCGAUAGGAAGUUCUUCUUUGGCUAUCCACAAUUUUGUGUCGACGGAUUCGACAGCUUCCUUUACGUUCUCUUUGCGUUUGUCUCAGACUCAAGUACAUAUGCUUCUGCAAGAUCGUCAGUUUCAACAAGCUCGCUUUUUAAUUCAUGACUUAUCUUUUUGUGAAAUUCCAUCAAAGGUGCCCUCUUUGCAAAAGUAUACGUACACAACCGACGAACGAUUGAUGGCAUUACGCGUUCGAAGCAGCUGCGCUCCACAAUCUUUCGCGACACCCAUUUUACAUCGAUCUGAACUAUUUGUCCCGAUAUCUCGGUCAAGUCCGGUCAUGCUUUUGGAUUGGAUGAAUCUAAAGGGCGCCCGUGGUUCAGGUGGACUGCCUUACAGAAGUCUUCAUUUGACUUUUUACGAUAUGACUUGUAGGUACGAAUACAACACAAUGUGGGUACAACGACUCUGUUCCUUAUUGGGACAAACGCAAGGAAGAAAAGAAGGCAACCAAGUUGCCGGAGGUGAAAGCGAAUCCAACGCUUCCGGCGGCGAGUUUCCAGAAAAACAAAGGCUUAUCCGCCUGUUCAUUUCUCUUGCGGACUGCAACAUCGAUUAUAGUUCCCCUGUUCAGUUCGAAACGCCUUCGCGUUUGAUAUGUCGUCUGGGGGAUGUUCGCAUUUCCAGCAACGUCCUGCUUCCUGCGGCACCUGUACAAGCUGUUAAUCUGUCCGUGGGAGACGUAUCGCUCUAUCUUUGCAACCGCCGUUUUCCCUAUGAUUUCGAAAAUAGCAGGAUUGUUGGGGCAGAAGAUCUUAUGAAGAACCCACAGACUGUUUCGGCGAAGGAUAAGCGGGACUUCAUACCGUCAUCAUCCGAAAGUGUUCUUCAAGCGAUGAAUUGCAGAACUUUGGUAAUUCUCGAUACGUUCGAUGCAGUAUUAAGACUUGCGCAUCACCGAUCGUUGACAUCAUCGGAGCCUUCCGUCCAAGUCAGCUUUACUGUUGGUGAGCUCGGAGUUUUUGCGUGUAAGGACUCCUUUAAGCAUCUUCUUGCUACUAUUGGAGAGCCUUUCCGAGAGCUGACAGCACUAAAUGAUCGAGCACUGCAAGAUUUGAAGGCAAAGGUGGAUCCGUUCGUAACAAAGACUCUAGUAGACGAGGCUUCAAACAAAGAGAUGUCGUAUGAAUCUUUACACAGACAUACUGAAGCCUUGGCAAGUCUGAAGCUACGUAGCGCUUUGCAGCCCAUUACAGGGACUGCUGCCGUCUUGGACCGCCAAGACGACUUUUUACUCGAUGGAUAUGACUGGACAGCCAUCGGUCCAGAUGAACCGGGCUCUGUUGGCGUUAUUCCGCCGGGUGACGAGCAAUCAGCGCGUUGGUUAGGGAAGUCAAGAGAAAUCUCACAGUCUUCGGACGAUCAAAAUGAUGAUGACCCCCCUCUUUCGGGCUCGCCCUCUUCACCUCUUGGCAUCGGAAAAGAACUCAGCCAAGGACUGACGAUUAUCACGCAUCACUUCCCUCUCCAACCUCUUUCUGAUCCGCUUUCCGCUGGCGACAUGGGCAUACAGAAAUACGCCGGGGCGGAUGCCUUUCCAUUGAUCGAGACCCGGUUGGUCUUGCAUGAUAUGAGAGUCAAAGUCCGUUUAUUCGAUGGCUUUGAUUGGCCUGAACUUAUUGACAGGGAGAAGCUCCCAUUCUGCAAAUCUGGCGAUUUUGUGAUCGAUGAACAGACACCCUCCACUAACAGUAAAAAAGCUAAAACAAAAGCUACGGCGGCAUUCGUUAGCACCUCAAGAUCCAAUCAACAUGAACAUGAAAAAAAUCGAAAAGCGAAACUUCUUGGUGAUUUACUAGACGGAAAUGCGAUCGAUGCCGGUACCUUUAAAAAUGUCCCACUUCCAGAAGAGCGCGGUCUGGCGCUGAAGGAGCAAUCCGAGCUGCGUUCUCUUUCGCGAAGGACAGGCAAGUAUAUUCAGUUCUCGGCCUCGGGCAUUCGCUUACGCUUGGAUUUGCUCGAGAAGUCAAGCAACCAUCGACUAGUAUCUUGCAUGAAUAUUCGAGCCCAUGACUUUUUCCUUGCCGAAACCGUAAGUGGUAGCAAUCCGAAGAAGAUGGCUGGCGAGUGGCUCAACGAAGCGGACCACCCACGCGAUACGCAGGAAGGGCUUUUCAUGAUGAAGAUGGUCACUUGGCAUCCAGAAAGGAGAGUGACGAGCGACGGUGCGAUUGCCAGCGACAUUUGCGAAGCUGCCGUCACAAUUCUCCCCUUACGGUGCAACUUGGACCAACGCGCGAUAAGGUUUGCCCGUCAAUUCUUUCGGACAGAGUUGAGCGUGGACGACGAGAUUCAUAGAGACUUGCCAUCCGGAUUGCAUCAGGUUCCACCACCGCUUUUUCGAUUGUUUCGAGUAAGGCCAUUCAAGGUAAAAGUUGAUUACACUCCUCAGAAAGUCGAUCGAAAAGCUCUGAAAGACGGAGCGUUCGUCGAACUUGUCAAUUUGAGCCCAAUCGAUGCACUGAUAUUGACUCUGAAAAAGGUCGAAAUAGAAGGAAAGACAGGCUUUGGCGAAGUCCUUCCCAUCCUGAUCCAAAGCUGGAUUCAGGAAAUAUGUAGUACACAACUCCUCAAGUUUGUCACAAACAUGAGACCCUUGGAACCCAUUACGCAGGUUGGCGAGACAGCUGUGGAUAUGAUUGUUUUACCUUGGGAAGCCUUUCGGAACGGUGAUAGUGUGCAAAAGGCAAUCCGAUCGGGAACGACAAGCUUUGCUUCGACGCUAGUGUAUGAAGCUUUUACAGCAACAUCGCGAGUUGCUGGGUACGUAGCGGAUCAAGUAGGUCGCCUUGGACGAGAGGAAUUUGACCGGUCCAACCAGCCAUCUCGUCCUCUUGAAGCACCCCGUCGUGCCACCGAUGCGGCGCCACACGCUCUGCAGAGUGUCACUCGUGGGUUACAAGAAGCAAACUACAAGAUUGUUAUCAUUCCGUACCGUGAGUACCAGAGAACCGGAGCCCGUGGUGCGAUUAGGAGCGUAGUAAAGGGCAUUCCGGUGGCGAUUGGUGCCCCCACAAGUGCAGCAGCCGAAGCCAUAUCCUACGCCUUGCUCGGAGCUCGCAAUCAGAUUCGGCCUGAUAUCCGAAAAGAGGAAGAAUCGAGCCAACGUGGUACUGAAGUCGAAGAUGCGGAGCGUGUAUACGAAAGCGCUUGUCCCUUCCACCUACAAUCGGAAAAUGGUGACUCUAGUGACGGGGUAGACGAGGCAGCAAACCCUGCUCUAUAAUUCCUUUAAGACAUACAAACACGAGCUCGUACGGAAAGGCAGAUUGAUUUUCCGAAUCGAUCGCAGCAUGUCGGUAGUAUACCCCCUCAUUUCCCAAGACCGCGGAUCACGGUGGCAGUAUUUUCUUUAAAGUUUUAGCCUGCGUUACGGAAUCGACAA